UGAUCGUAUGCGGCAGGGAUGAUUGUGUCGAAUUGCGCGUUCUCCCAUAAGCUGCCGUCGAGCAGUGACGUGCGGAUUUCGUAGGAGGAGCGAGAGGACAGAGUGCCUACUUAAAGGCCUGGCUGCGCAGCUCCAAGUAUCUUUCAUCAACAAACUCUCCAACUCUCAACUACAAGCUUCAACUUUCCCAUUAACCCAACCACCAACCCAACUACCAACCCCAUACUCAACAUGUCCGACAACCUCCGCAAGGGUCUCGGCGAGCAGGCGUCGGAAAAGAUGACUCCUGACUCUCAGAAGUCCACCCUCGACAAGGUCGGCGAGAACGUCUCUGGGGCCGGUGACCGCAUUGCCGGCGCCGUCCAGCCUGAGGGCCAGAAGUCUACCGGUCAGAAGGUUGGCGACACCGUCCGUGGUGGCUCCGACGACGCCUCCCAGCAGGGCGAGGGUGUCCUCAAGCAGGCUCAGGAUGGCCUCAGCAACGCUGCUUCCUCCGUCCAGAACGCUCUCGGCGGUGGCAACAAGCAGUAGACUACCUAGCGGUAGCUCUGUUUCUACUCAUUUUCUUGCGGCUUAGUAUGCUAGGUGUCCAUCAUUAUACCCUAUGAUACGAAUGGAAUGAAAAAUCGAACCACA